ACUGUACGAACUGUUGCAGAUUAAAACGACGAGUCAUAUUAUUCGGCAGUCGUUGCGUGAACAGUGAAAAUAUUUACUUGUCGGGCGGUAUGGAUCCCAGUAUCAUUUCAACUAUGGACCGGGACGCGCUUAAAAAGCAGAUCGAAAAUAUGAAGUAUCAAGCUUCAAUGGAGCGUUGGCCCCUAUCUAAAUCAAUCGCCGCAAUGCGAGACUAUGUGGAAGAAAACGAAAAAAAUGACCCGCUGAUCCACGCUCCGGAUAAGAAAAACAAUCCAUGGGCCGAAAAAGGAAAAUGUGUUAUCAUGUAAAAUAUCACUACAUAAAACACCGAGAGAAAUCACAAUAAGAAAAACCAUGAAAAAAAAUAUGGAAAACAUGAGAUAUCCACAAAACAUUCAUUUUAGUGUUAGUCAAAAGUCCAUCCAUUCCUCUCAAUAUAUUUCUACAACUUUAUAUAGUGUGCGGACAUGGAUGAUGUAAUCAAAAUGUAAAAUUUUCAAUUUUUAUUUUGUUUUGUUUUAAAUAAAACUUUUUGUCUUCAUUUGGUUUUUUAUAGAAUUUCGGUUAAGGAUUUAUUUGUUUUUAUGUGUUUAAGUACGUUAAGUAUAUAAAUAGUAAAAACUGUUUAGGUAAGAAAGCAGCGCGGCACACUGAAUUUUUCUUCGAUCUUUUUCCCCCAAAGACAUUAAACAAAUUGAAUAAAAGUGAUGUUCGAAUAAACGAUAAACAAUUUUAGGUGUUAUUUCAUUCGGUAUUUAGCCCAGAAAACAUUUCCUCUCAGACAGACACGUACACACACGAUACACUAUGCAUUAAAAAACUCCCACACCCGCGUCCUCCUAAAAAAAACUCGGAAUCCGAAAUCAAUUUCAACCAGUCAGUCAUUUACUGAAAGCAUUUCCAAUCAACAUUAAAAGUUUAAAUUUAGAUUUUAAAAUGAAUUUGUAAGUUUAAAAACAGCUGAAAUCAAAAAUGAGAAUAAAAAUAAAUAAUUUAAAAUAAUAAUAAAAAACAAUUACUAGCAAACUUUGCUUUCAAAGCUUUCAUAGAACUUUUUAAUUCUCGGAUCUAUAUUUAAAAUGAGAAAAAAAAAAAUAAUUUUUAAUUCAAUUAAAUUUUUAUCAAAAAAAAAAACGAAAAAAGCUGUUUGAUGUAAAACUCGUAAAUUGUUCGUAAUUUUAUUAUGACUUUAUCUGAUUUCAAAAAAAAAACACUCAAAAUGAUUAGACGAGAGACAUGCAUGUCGUAAUAAAUAAAAAUUUAUUUUAAAAACAAAAAAAAUAUUUUUAACUUAAAAGCAAGUUACAUUAAAAUCAAAUUAGUUUGUACUUAAAGAGAAAACAAAUAAUUAAAAACUCAGUAGCAAAAAGAGAAAAGAAAAAUGAGUAAAAAAAACCAUUUAAUUAUAUUAUCGAGUAGAGACAAAACACAAUAUACCUAUGAAUUAAUAACAAAUUAAACAAAAAAGAAAAAUUAAUAAAAAAUAAAAUUGAACAAAAAAAAAUUUAAUGAAAAAAAAUGAUUAGACAGUUUAGAGUUUAAUUUUAGUUCUAUUGAAUCGAUCAGUCUGCGUGCAGAAAAUCUCCCUCCCACCCCCUGACAAAAUGCCCCCGAUAAAUCAUUAAUAUAGAUCUGCACAACCUGGAAACUUGUGUCCUUUUCUAUAUUAAUCAAUUUACAACCCAUAACCAUCCAAUCUCUCCAAUUGAACCCCCAUGCACCCAUUUAUGAUCAAUGCGAUAGAAAUUAGCUUAUGAUUAAAAUGAAAGAAGAAAAAUAAAAUAAAAUGAAUUAUUAAGAUUAUUGUAUUACCUUUAAAUUGUGAACAAAACAACAGCUGAUUAUUUAAAUUAACAAAAAGAAAAUUAAAUUAAUGAAAAAGCAUAAUAUUUACGAGAUAAAUGUAAAUCCAAAGAGAAUAACAACACAAAAAAUGUGGUCGUCAUUUUCAUUUGUCCGGAAUGAAAAUAUAUUUGCUAUUUGAGUAUAAUGGAGAAGUGUGUGUUAAUGCUUUCAAGUUAAACUAACUAACAGAAGAAGAAGAAGAAAAAAAUUGAAGAGGAAACGGGAAUAAGCUAACGAGGUAAGUUUAAUAAUAAAUUAAAGUGAACACGCUCCUAAUAUAAUGUAAUCGCGUUAAAACAAACACAAAAUUAUGAAAAAAAAAAACAAAUCAAAGUUUUUAAUGAAUACCUAGUAAAAAAACCAACGGAAAAAGAUGCAAAAAAGGUUUUGAAUUUGAUUUGAUUGAAAUAAUUUGAAAAAUUUCUUUGGAUUAAUUUUUUUUAAGUAAAAGUUAAAUGUCUCCUCCAUGGUCUUUCUCUUACACCACCAUCCGAAACACCUAUAUGACUUGUACACAAAAUUACAUUUUUGAAAAAUUUUGAAAUUUGUAUAAAUAUGUUUUAUCUAACCAUCGUGUGCUCGAAAUUAUAUGAAUUUUAAAAUGACAACAAAAAUCUAAAUUGUUUACAAUUCAAAUUUUCUCUAAUUUGUUCGUCUCUCUGAUUAUUUUUUUUAAAAUAAUUUUCAAUUUCCAAUUAUAUUCAAUGAACAUUUUACAAAAUUGAAAAAGAAAUAUCUUCACCAUCUUUAACAAACACUACACGUACCAACUUUUUCUUUCUAUAACCCGAAACAAUAAAAAAAAACAGUUUACACUAUAAAGAAAACAAUUUAAUUAAAAUUUAUUUGGUACCACACGGGUAUCCACUCAGAACAUCAAAAUAAGAAAACACAAUUCACACAUCCCGCCCAAAUGAAUUUUUAUUAAACUUUAUUUCAAAUCCCCUUCCCUUCCCACCAAUCCAUCGCCCCGAUCUCCAUUCUCGUUCUGAAAAUGAAUAUAUUUUCAGACAUAUUUGAUAAACCGAAAUACACCUUUCAACCCCUCCGAAAUUGAUUAGAAUUUAUGCGUUGAUUGAUAUAUUAAAUCGCUGAAUUAAAAAGAAAAAAUAAUUAAAUUUUAAAAAACAAAUGAAAAAAAAAACAAAAACACGUGGAUGACUUAAGCUUAAGCCAUAAACAUUACCAUCACAUGAGCUCGAUUAAUAAAUUAUAAAUUGCAUAUAAAGUUAAGACCAUAAAGUAAAGAUAAAAAAAAACAGAAAAAAAUUAGUCGUUACUAACAAUAUGGAAUUUUAAAAUUAUAAACAAACAAAUAUUAUAGAAAUUAAUAAUAUUACAAAAAGAAGAAACCAAAAACCACUGAAAUUAACCGUAUUGAUGAAUGUAGCAUAAAAAAGUUAGUAGAACAUU